AAAAAAGGCAUGCGUAAUGACGCUAACAGCUAAAAUGGCGUCUGAAAACGGCUCUGAAGCCCAAGAUGAGAAGGCAGCACUUGUAGAGACGGACCCUGAACAAGAGGUGCGGCAGCAGUGCGGCACAGUUGCAAACAGAUGUGAGUCAAAGUUAACGCUGUACCACUGGACGCAGUCUUUCAAUUCCCAGAAGGUACGCCUGGCCAUUGCAGAGAAGGGUUUGCACUGUGAGGAGUAUGAUGUCAGCCUGCCGCUCAGUGAGCACAAUGAGCCUUGGUUCAUGCAUCUCAAUCCUGCUGGUGAGGUGCCGGUCCUGGUCCACGGAGACAAUGUCUUAUGUGAUCCCACACAGAUAAUGGACUAUCUGGAGCAGAACUUUAUUGAUGAGGGCACUCCCAACCUGGUUCCUGAAGAGGGCAGUAGAUUCUACCUCCGAGUGCAGCACUACAGAGAGCUGUUGGACUCACUACAGAUGGAUGCCUACACACAUGGCUGUAUCCUCCACCCUGAGAUCACCGUGGACUCCCACAUACCGGCAUACGCCGCCACAUCUAUAAGAACACAGAUUGGAAACACACAGUCGGAGCUGGAAAAACUGGCCGAGCAGAACCCGGACCUUAAAGAUGCUUAUAUAGCCAAACGGAGGCGCUUGAAAUCCAAGUUGUUUGACCAUGACAACAUGAAGUACCUGAAGAAGCUUCUGGAUGAACUGGAAAGUGUGAUGGACCAGGUGGAGACAGAGCUGCAGAGAAGAGUGGAGGAAACACCAGAGGAUGGCAGUCCGUCCUGGCUGUGUGGGGACUUCUUCAGCAUGGCUGACGUCUCCCUGGCAGUGACUUUGCACCGCCUGAAGUUCCUCGGCCUCUCCCGCCGCUACUGGGGCAACGGUAACCGCACUAACGUGGAGACGUACUACGAGAGGGUGGUGGAGCGGCCGGCUUUCAGGAGAGUGCUGGGUCACGUCAACAACAUCCUUAUCUCUGCCGUCCUUCCUGUAGCCUUCCGUUUAGCCAGGAAAAAUGCUCCGGUCAUUGUCGGUACCACUCUGUUGAUAGGAAUUCUGGGGGGAGCUACUUACCUGGGAUUUCUCUACAUGAAAAGGAGGCUCAUCUCUUUCAGCUGAAAGAGACCGAGGUGGUUUGGAACUCUGUUAACAUGAAACUAAUUAAAAAUGUCCACCUUCAGUGAAUAAACAUCAAUGACAUGUAACAGAACGAAACUUAAUUAUUUCCUGUGUUGCAUUUUGGACACAAUGAGUAAUUAUUCAUCCUUAGGAUCUGCUGCUUUACACACCAAAGGGCCAUACUUGUACUUUUGCAUGUUCUGCAUUCUUUUCAGUCACCUACAGGAGAUCUAUAGCUGAUGAUUCAGCAUCUGAACAGUACUAAUACUCAUGUGCAGUUCUUUUGUAGGGGCUGUAAACAAUACGCCAGCUUUAAGUAUGCAAACAUGGGUGGCCUGAAAUAGAUAAUAGACUUAUGAUUGCUUCUGGCAUUAGAAGUGCUAUGUAAGGUGUUCUCACUAUCUAAAUAGGCAGGUUGUUUUUGCAGUCCUUGUGGCUGCGCAUGAAUUCACCGUGCCUGACUGGAAAACCUCAAAGUACAAUAAUCCGGGCCUGUAAUAAUAAAAUAAAACUGACAUGAACAAAAACAAAUUCAAGUAGACAUUCACACUAGACUGACAGUGAUGAAAAGAAUCACGCUCUGCAAGAAUGGGAUGACAUUGUCAAGGUUAAACUAAAUAAAUGUGCUAAUUAUGCUCAAUUCAGACAUCUUGACGUGUGCUACGAACAGUCUAAUACCUGUUUUAACUGAUGUGUGCUUUUCAUUUGUUGUUUUAUUGACAUGUGCAUGUCAGAAUAUUAAAAACAAGUUCACUUAAAGGAAGCCAAAGGUCUGCUUUCUGUGACUAAGUUUGUCGAAACGGAUCAUUUUUAUAAAUUAAACUUUAUUACAA